GUGGGAGUUAAGAGUUAUAAGAUGGAAAUUAAAUGGAAAAUCAAUUCCUAUAAACGAGUACACAUAGUAAAACACAUGGCACUAUCUCUUAAAGCUAGAUGAUUACACAACAUUUUUUCAUCCCUAAUAUACCCUAACCCCCAUUGACAAUUAUAAGAUUUUAAGAAAUUUACACCUACACUUCUAAAUAAUGUAGGUGUACAUUUAGUGCCCAAAUAAGUGAAGUUUUGUUGGGAGAAAAUAUUAAAUUCCGGAGUAUUUAUUUCAAUUGAAUAAUCAAAACAUAUUAAAGUAAUACUCUCUCCGUUCCAUUUAAAUCUUUACACUUUCCUUUUUGGGAUGUCUCGUUUACUCCUUUACGUUUUCUUUUUAGACAACUCCUUUCACAUUAAAUGUCCUAAUUACACUUCACUAACACACCCACUUUUUACAUUUGAGUGGAUAGCAUUAAUUCUCCCUAAAAGUCAAAGGGCAUGCAAAACAUUUGUUCUUCUAUUAGCUCCUAAAACACUGUGUCAAAAGCAAACGUCAAGAUUCAACAGGGACGGAGGGAGUAUAUCACAUCAUUAAUUGAGUCUUUUCUAUAAGAAAUUCUUUGGAAAGGUAAGCCUCAUAAAUUAAGGCAGAAAAUAAGGAUUAUAUGUGAUACAUUAUAUUCCCUCCGUCUCAUUUCAUUUGUUCUACCAUUUUAUUUGAGUUGUCUCAAAAAAUGUCUUUGAUGGAUAAUAGGGUAUUCAAAGUAUAAAAUUUAAAGAGAUUGAACUAGGAAGUGUGCAGAAGAAGAUGAAUAGUGAUUGUGAAUGUGUAAUAUUGGUUCUAAGAAUUAGGAACUAGCUAGGGUUACAAGUCUCCCAAAGAGAGUAUAAAUAGACAAACAGUGGGUUGAGCCGCUAAUAUGGGCCCAAUAGGUCCAACUACAUAAAGGACUAAUCUAGUACAUACAAAUGAUAUAUGAACUCUACAAUAAUACAAAUAAUAUAAAUGACAUCUAACAGUCGUGUGUGGACCGUUGUCAAGGCCCAAUUGUCAUGAGACCGGGGUGCGAGUCCAUAUACUCUAUCAGGAGUCCUCCAUGUUAGGUCCCCUAGAUUUUGAUGAUCAUAUAUUGUUUUGAUGAUGCCACCCCUUUUUUAUAUUAUCCCUGUAAUAGACUAUAGCUUGUAUUUGUUCUACUACUGUUUAUUGUAAUGUGCUCCACAAUUAUAAAGUACUCAAGAAAAACAGAGAGUACUAAAAAAGAAGAAACGUACCAUAAAACAAAAAGAAAAGAAAAGAAAAGAAAAGGUACGAAAGAGUCAACUGAAACCCUUAGAGAAUCGGAUACUUAAGUAAGAUGACCUUCUGUCAUGGUCGUAUCAGAGAACCUCAACAACAGAGGUGGUUCUCUGAUUGACACCAAACCAGAAGACCUUCUGUCUUGGUCGUAUCAGAGAACCUCAACAACAGAGGUGGUUCUCUAAUGACACCAGAACAGAAGACCUCAAAGGUAUUCUGAUGAGGUAUUCUGCUUAAGUACUCGACAUCUGCUAUUCUUCUCUUAGCGCAGAAACAAGAAGACAGAAGAGCCACUUGCAGUCAAAAUGACAAAAAGAAUAGAAAAUAAUGUUACAAGAAAUUAUGUGACAAAAUUUCUCAUAACAUUAUUUACUAAAAGCAAGUAAUUCUAUCAUGAGUAAGCAUUGGACAAACACUCGGCAUAGAUACUGAAUUUCUACGAGCUAAAGAAAUAUAAAUAAAUCAUCUUUAUCUUCGCUUAGAAAUGAGGAAUCAAGUUGAGUGAGGAUAAAUGAUCUGUGUCACAAGAAGACAAGAAUCAACCAUGAUGCCCCAGUCAAGUGGAACAAAGCAAGUAGAUCAAGCAACGAUCAAGAUUGGAUCACUCAGCCAACGGAGGAGAUUCAACGACAAAGUCUAUAAAUACAGAAGGGGUGCAGGAAGACCAAGUGUGGCACCACCAGAUGGCAACAAACCCUGGUAUAUUGGAACCUAGUGGAACCGAAGGGAAUCAAGGUUCACACGAACACAUCUAGCUUGCUAAUUCACCUUCACCACUCUGGUUACCACCCCACUCAUCUAAUGCUCUUAGAAUAGCUUAUAAUUCAUACACAUCUAUAGAGCUUAGAUUAGUUGGUAGACUAGCUUAUACCCAUGUAAUCUAAUAUAGUGUAUACAUUCUGGUAUGUGUGUGAUCAUCCAUAAGGUGAGGCAAGGACAUGAGUAGCUUCUGGCUGGGCAAUGCCACUAGUGAAAAACCUUGGAGGACAUGAGUAGCUUGGAACAGUCUGGUUCCUCGUGAAGAUUGGGCACUAAAUGUAAUGAGAUAUUCAUUUAGUGGAAAUCCAUCUAAAAUAGGUUGGGACUGGAUGUAGGAGGAUUACACCACCUCUGAAUCAGAAUAUAUCUUGUGUACCUUUUAUAUUCAGCACCCAACACAUACUUCAGUUCUCACCCACCUUCAUAUUAUCCCAAAAGCUUGCAUAUUCACUGUCCAGAAAACUCCCUAAAGUUUUCUGUGAAUCAAAACUCCUUACCUACGUACUUCAAAGAGAUCUAUGUCAAUAGGUCUAAAUCCUUCACACAAAGGUGUUCCGUCCAACCAUCUCUGUUACAACUAAAAAGGUCAUAACCUUUGUUCCAAUAAAGUGUCAUACUCUUGAGGUCAAGACUUCUGCUGUAUGUUUCAAUAUCUCCCAAAAGAUAGUGGAACACAUUAUGUUUGAGGGGAAAAGGUUGAAAAAGAAAGAUUUUUAUAAUUUUAUUCACCCCCUAGACUUCUACCUUAUUUGGGACCAUCAAUUAGUAUCAGUGGGGUUGUUCAUAGAGCCAGUUUCUUAACUGGCUUACUUUGAGAAAAAGAUCAACCACCAAUGUCCCAAAACACUUAUAGACAGAAGAGAUGGAACACACUUUGAAGGAUACUCUUCAAGAAGAAACGAGGAAGGAGAAAGCAAGUUUUGAUCACACAUCAAGAAAAGGGACUGCUAUUCAACAAGAAGAAGAAGUCAAGCCUACUAUCAUGACAUCACAGUUCUGGCCAACUCUUUGAGAGAAAGAUGUUCAUGAAGAGGUAUAUUCAAAUACAUCUCCAGUAACUCAGUUUAUCUUGAAUGUUCAAACCUUUAUCCCAACUGUGCUUCACUUCAUAGAACAUUCAGAUAAAUUUAUUCCUUUCACAAACUGAAAAGCUUGAACAUCAGAAAGUCCAAAUGGUAACUGGACUAAGAGGAUAAUUUGAUGAUUAAGAUUAGUCUUAUGAGGAAUAAAAACUGAGAGAUCUCAUUAAGUUCAUUACUAAUGAAGAUCAUAUUACUGGAUUAGCAUUGAAUAUGACUUUAUCAAUUCUGUCCCUAACCUCCAGAAAACCAAAACACUUACUGGUCCAUCCAUUAUCCAUAUAAACUCCAUAAACAAAUGGACCAGUGACCAACUAUAUAUUUCCACAUCAUCAUACACCCUCCUUACCCUUACUCCCAUACCAGAGAACCUAUCACUCACCCUUCUGGUUGACAACAUUUUUGGGAAAUCAUCCAGUUCACGAAAAGGGAUCAGAGAAGGUUCAAAAGAGAUUCAAUUAUAUAAAGGGAGAAGAGAGCAACCAAUAUCAUGAAACAAACAAAGAUCUAAUGAUUUCAUUAUUCAUCAAUUGACAUGAUAUUUAUGAAUAUCAAAAGUCUGUUGUGGAUUUCUCAUGGUAUCACAAGUGGUACUACUGCUCUUAAAGGAAAGGAAGGACCAAAAAGACAAGAAGAUGAUGGAAGUAUUGAGUGGAAUAAAAAUGUCAAGACUAGAGACAAACAAACUGGAAUUCUCAGAUCAUUAACACAACUUAUGUUAAUGGUUUAAAGAAUUAUCUAUCGAGCACACGUCAGUCUAUGAUAGAAGAAGACAUUCAGUUUUCAAGAAUGUCACCAAAGAUGUGCUCAAUGAAAAGAAGAGAUUCUCAAAGACAGUAAGCUUGCAGCUGCUUGCUGAAAAACUGGUGGCAAAGAACCAACUUAAAAGACCUUCUUCUCCAGCCACUAGGUAUAAGUGGAUGUAUCAGAUGAUGUUCAAUGCCAAUCAGAAUGACCUUAUUCAAAGAAGGAUUGAACCAGCAUCAACAACAUCACACAAAGAUUGUUAGGAUCAUAUUGCACUGAAGGUAGAUUUUGAUGAUUUCUACAACAGUGAGAUAUUCAAAGCCAACAAUGGAUCCUAGCACAUCUAAUUCUCAAGACAAGAGCUUGAAUGUUGAACAACCUUGAAGAAGGAAUAUAUAUUCCAGAAAACCCUAAAGGUACUCCUCCUUGUCAUAUCAAAAUAUCAAUUGGUAUCAUCAUUUGAUAUUAAUUGAAGGACAUACAACUCAGGGGGACUAGUCAAAGGUUUUAGGCAGACAUUAUUACGUUCAUCUUGCUUAUGAGAAAAUUAUCACAAAUUGAGGGGGAACUUCUUCACCUCAAUAAAACUUAAGAAAUGGACUCUGAUUCAAAAGUAGCAUCCUACUAUUCUGUAGAGUCUUGUUUUUAAUAGGAGCACCGUGCUUCUUAGCAACGUCCUAUUAAAAAUAGGAGCAACCUACUAAAUAGCAGCGCCCUAAUUUAGGAGCACCCUGUUAAGUUAGCUAAAUCAUGUUAAUAACAGUGUCCUGAGAAUGUUCAUUUCAAAGUUUACAAGUCAAAAGGACUCAAUCAUCAACACCUGGGGAAUGUUCAAAAAGCUUCAAGAGGAUUUGCUCAACCAAAGGAUUGAGGAUUAUUCAGAUGAAGAUUGGUGAUGAAAUAACAUUAGCAAACUCUCAAAUCAAGGGCUGAAACAAGAGCCUAAAGGAUUUUUGAGCAACAAGGAAAAGUUUGCUAAAAAUGCUACUUAACCGCUCAAGAGUAUUCUAGGCUUCACUUGCAACUAAUCAACUCCAAUCGAAAAAGUCCAUAAACCAGAUGACUUGACUAGCUCUGAGGAUCUGGUGGGAUUUGUUCAAUAAAAACAAAUCAUUAUUGCAGAGAUUGGUCAAUGUUGUGGAUAACAGAAGAAGACAUUCAAAAGGAGAAUUAGUUAUAUUUCACCAGAAACUCUAGAAAGAAGGAAAGAAGAAGGAUGAUGUCAGCAGGAAAAGCGGCAAACUGAAUUCUUCAGCAAAUUGUGGUUGCCUGCUGAAACCAACAGAAUACCUCAAACUUCUCUGAUCGAUCAGAACACCUCAAGCUUCUCUGAUUCGAUCAGAACACCUCAAGCUUCUCUGUUCGACCAGAACACCUCAAGCAGUUCUGUCAAGGAACAGAACUCCUGGUCAAACAGAAAAGAGAUUAUGUUGAGACACCAACUCCCUAUUUAUUUUAUGCUUGGAACACCUUAGAUGUUUCAGGAAAUUUCAGGAAAUUAUUCUAUGUAUGGGCUAUCUGAAAAAUCAAGAAGAACAGAUAUUGAUCAAGUCUGAGAGAUCAAAUUGAUCAACGAAUAUCCUGAAAUAAAUUAUGGAGUAUUUAUCUGAACUCAGCCAUGCAAAAGGAAUUAAUCUUGAUUACAUCAAAAGCAUGUUGUCAUUCGAUAAAGUGUUACAUUAAUGAGCAUGAGAGAGGAUUAUCUUCAAUCAAAUCAGAAAUAUGAAGGAGAAGGGAAUUUAUGAUAACAUGCAACAUGCUAUCACGACAAAUGGUGAUCAAGAAGCUGAGUCAACUAUUCGAAUAAAAGCAACUUCAUCAAAUUAGUGAGUUUCCCAACUCACUCAAUUAUCUAAGUUGCCUUUUGCACUGAAAAGAGAGUCUGCCACCAACCAAGUUUGCAAAGUGUUCAAUUAUUACCCAAUGGUAAUUAAGAACAGUUAUCAUCAAGAGGUAUGAAUAUCAUUUUUACCUCACCCCAUUCUUCAUUUAAGAUCAAUCUCUCAAAACUAGCUCAAAACCUUCUUCAGAUCUUAAAACAAAAGGCUUUUCAUCAUUCUCAUCAAAUGACGAACCCCUCAGAUUCUUCAUCUCACAAUAUCUCUCUUGAACUAAGCCUAGCUCCUCCACAUUUAUCAACUCAACGAAGACCAGUUCUAUCCCAUAAUCAAGAAGAGUGUCAUUUUGCUCUUGAAUCAAGAAUCAUCUUCGAAAAGGAGAAAGAAAUUCUGCAACAUGAGACAUUCAGAGUUAUGGCUUAGAGGACAUGGAGAUUUUCUCCAAACAAUUUUCUUCUUCUUAACGCACCUAGAAUGAAUCAAGAAGAAGAAUUUGCAUUUGAAUGGCUGAAGACAAGAAACAUUGAGAUGUUAUUGUCAUUAAGCUAUAUCAAUAGGAUCUACCAAGUCAAACUUGAUAAUCUCAAACAAGCAGAUGCAAACGGAGAAGAAGAGCAGGCAGAAACUUCCUCCCUGGAGAAACAUCACGCAGACACCAAGCAUAGGUGUUUGUUGCUGCCAAAAAGGGGAAAAAUAGAAUCAAACACUUAGGACAAAUUUUCCCACCAUUUUGUGUUUGUAUUCUAGUUUUUGGCAUCAUCAAAAAGGGGGAAGUUAUUAGGUCCCCUGGAUUUUGAUGAUCAUAUAUUGUUUUGAAGAUGCCACCCCUUUUUAUGUUAUCCCUCUAAUAGACUAGAAUUUGUAUUUGUUCUACUACUGUUUGUUGUAAUGUGCUCCGUAGUGAUAAAGUACUCAAGAAAAACAGAAAAGAUACACAAAGAGUCAACUGAAACCUUUAGAGAAUCGGAUACUUAAGUAAGAUGACCUUCUGUCAUGGUCGUAUCAUAGAACCUCAGCAACGGAGGUAGUUCUCUGAUUGACAUCAUACCAGAAUACCUUCUGUCUUGGUCGUAUCAGAGAACCUCAACAACAGAGGUGGUUCUCUGAUGACAUCAGAACAGAAGACCUCAUAGGUAUUCUGAUGAUGUAUUCUGAUUAAGUACUCGACAUCUGCUAUUCUUCUCUUAGCACAGAAACAAGAAGUCAGAAGACCCACUUGCAGUCAAAAUGACAAAAAGAAUAGAAAAUAAUGUUACAAGAAAUUAUGUGACAAAAUUUCAUAUAGCAUUAUUUACUAAAAGUAAGUAAUUCUAUCAUGAGGAAGCAUUGAACAAACACUCGGCCUAGAUACUUGAUUUCUACGAGCUAAAGAAAUAAAGAUAAAUCAUCUUUAUCUUCACCUAGAAAUGAGGAAUCAAGUUGAGUGAGGAUAAAUGAUGCGUGUCACAAAAAGACAAGAAUCAACCAUGUUGCCCCAGUCAAGUGGAACAAAGCAAGUAGAUCAAGUAACGAUCAAGAUUGGACCACUCAGCCAACGGAGGAGAUUUAAUGACAAAGUCUAUAAAUACAGAAGGAGUGCGGGAAGACCAAGUGUGGCACCACCAGAUGGCAUCAAACCCUGGUAUAUUGGAACCUAGUGGAACCGAAGGGAAUCAAGGUUCACACGAACACAUCCUGCUAGCUGAUUCACCUUCACCAAUCUGAUUACCACCCCACUCAUCUAAUGCUCUUAGAAUAGCUUAUAAUUCUUACACAUCUAUAGAGCUUAGUUUAGUUGGUAGACUAGCUUAUACCCAUGUAAACUAGUCUAGUGCAUACAUUCUGAUAUGUGUGUGAUCAUCCAGAAGAUGAGUCAAGGACAUGAGUAGCUUCUGGCUGGGCAAUGCCAUUAGUGAUAAGCCUUUGGAGGACAUGAGUAGCUUGGAACAUUCUGGUUCUUCGUGAAAAACGUCACAAUCUACGCCCGAGCCAGGGGUAGACUGGGCACCAAAUGUAAUGGGAUAUUCAUUUAGUGGAAAUCCAUGUGAAAUAGGUUGGGACUGGAUGUAGGAGGGUUACAUCACCUCUGAACCAGGAUAUAUCUUGUGUACCUUUUAUAUUCAACACCCAACACAUACUUCAGUUCUCACUCACCUUCAUAGUAUCCCAAGAGCUUGCAUAUUCACUGUCCAGAAAACUCCCUAAAGUUUUAUGUGAAUCAAACUCCUUACAUGCGUACUUCAAAGAGAUAUAUGUCAAUAGGUCUAAAUCCUUCAUACAAAGGUGUUCUGUCCAACCAUUUAUGUUACAACUAAAAGGGUCAUAAGCUUUGUUCCUAUGAAGUGUCACACUCUUGAGGUCAAGACUUCCGCUGUAUGUUUCAAUAUCUCCCAAAAGAUAUUGGAACACAUUCUGUUUGAGGAAAAGGGGUUGAAAAAGAAAAGAUUUUUAUAAGUCUAUUCACCCCCCUCUAGACUUCAACCUCACUUGGGACCAUCACCCCACUCCUUGAGUCAAGAGUACUCGAGGCGAAAGGGAGUAGAGAUAUGUAUUGAUUUGUCAUCGUUUGGGGGAGUAAACUUCUGGCGUCGCCGAGGCGCCUUGCCCGGAUUCCCCAAGCCGAUGAUCUGAUCUCAUUGGCGAGCCCUGACUGAAGCAGCCCUGUGGGAGAAUCCUCGGUCAAAGGUUGCAAGCCAGAGGCCAUCACCACCGGUCUUGGGGCCGAGGGGCUAUGUGUAUGCACUUGUUGCUGGGUAAAUGGAUCUGCAUAUGAUGUGAGGCUGUCACUGGUGCAUGUGUGACACCGCACCCGGAUGUACUUGAAUUUAAUAUUCAGUAUGUAUUUAAAUUUUCUAGCGGAUAAUUUCGUGAAACGGAUUGGUAUAUUCAAUUAAUGCGUGAUUGAUUGAAUUAUUUUAUCGGGUCCAUUAUAUUGAGAAUGAGCUACCAAAUAAUUAGUUGGGUCAUCAUAAUAAUUAUAAAAGCCCAAUAAAAUGCCAACUAAAGUUGAGGAAACGGUUGGGCAACCCAAGUGCUAUUUUGACCCAACCUGCCAAAAUAACGGGAAUAAUCGGGAGGAACUUCCUACACCCACUUCAGGUAUUUUGCCAAUCAAAUAACUCCCAAAUUAAUAGGAUUGGGGACAUAAUUUGAGUGGGUGUGUGGACAAAUUAAUAGAGGGAUGGCCAAAGACACCAUCACACCUCCCAAGGCCCUACUCAUGCACUAUUUUGAUGCUUGAUUGAGUAGAGGUGCCUUCCCCUCCCUUUGCACAUUUCGGACAAACCAAAGGGGAGAAAAGCUCCAGGAAAUUCUCUCACAAACAGCAAGUUCGGAGCAAACAACAAGAAAGAAAAUCCAAGGAGUAAAAGCUAGAAUAAGAGGUAAGAACUCAUUAGUUCUUUAACUAGUUUAUUGGGUAUGAUUUUUAAGAAAUCAUAUAGUGGAUUAAAUCAUGAGUUCUACACGUUUAAAAGUGUAGAAUAUUGUUAUAGAGUGGUGGUAAUUAACUUAGAAGAGUUGGUGAAUCGAUAGGAGUCGAAUCGCCGGAAACCACCAAGAAAAGGGAGCUGCCCGUAUCGCAGGAGCACAAAAGCCGCCUGACAUUCACCAAAGCCGCCCGGCUUUUGCUCUGUAGUCCAGUUUUUCGGUUCCAAUCAGCCUAGAAUAGGGAUUGAUCGAAGAGCUUCGCAAAGGCAACUAGUUCAGCACUCUAUAAGGUGAGGAUGACUGACUUUGUGAAGACUCGGACAGGGGUAGCAAGUCCCGUAGAAAUAAUAAAACCUACGGGUUGCGUCGUGGAAACGAUGUUGAAAUGGAAAACAAGAAAGGGCCACGUGCCGACCAAUUAAUGAAUCAACUUAUUAUAAAGAUAAUAAGAGGGAAAUAUAAAUUAUCAUUUAUACUGUGAUAUCACCUUAUUUUGAGGGUCUUGGAAAUUAAAACAUCGAUUAUAUUCAAUAUAGUUGUCAUUGUACUUUUCAAAUGCUUCAAAGUAGUGACUUCCCCUUCAUGGGGGAGGUCACCUCACAGUUUCAGGUAGACCUUGAAGGAUGCUACCACCGCCCAUUGCUUUGGGGAGAUUGAAAGAAGAAGGCUUGGUUCGUGCUUCUUCCGUUUCUGUUUUGAAAACAAUAUAAACAAUGCCCAUGAAUAUUAUUUUUUUGAAUAAUUAUUUGGGGGCUUGUAUGCCUAAUUAUGCCAAGUGUGACUUGAACACUUGUAAUAAUGUUUCCGCUGCUUUGGUGAAUGUUUUACAUUAUGUUUGUUUAUGGAUGUACUAUGUGUGAACGAUAUUCC